GCCGUUAGGGGACGCAUACAGUGUUGCUAGGACACCUAUGCAAGAAAUUUACUAUAUUUUAUAAGUUAAUAACAGUAUUUGAAAGAAUCUGCCAUAGUAACGACUUUAGUGCAGUAAUUAACUUUUUAGCUAAUACCAAUAAGUAGCCUAGCCGCUUAACUUAAGUAUGGGUUUAAAUGUGACUUCGCUUUAUGAUUGAAAGGAUUUGUUAAGAAGCUGAAUAUCUGUUUUGUUAACCCUGCUUCUACUAGUAUUAGUACUACAAUAAAAAACAGUUUUUGUACCAGGUGUGUUGUAGAAAACUCAAGAAUUCUUUAAACAGUUUUAAGAAGCUGAGGAAGGCUUAGUAGCUGUUUUCCAAAGUAUUUUGUGGACACUGAAGUGACCUCUGAGAAGUGGAAAAAUUUCUAAUUUAUACCUUUACAUAAGAAGUUUGGAUUAGACCAUUGAAAUCAUUGUAUGUUAAUUAGUUUUGCAAGAAAAACUAUGGCUUCGCAUCCUUUUCAGAGUCUACGAGGUUUUGCCGCCACACAGCCCCCACUCUUUGUUUUUACUAUUUGCCUUAUGGCUUUUGGUAUAACAAUGGUUGUUUUGGCCUAUAUAGUUGGUGAAAAUGAAAUGGCCAAUCCAGAUGUUACCAUGGAUUGGAACAUUUUUCUUCAACGUGUAACUGAACUUGAGAUUUGUGUUGAAAAGGAACCUAUGAUAAAUAGUAGCAGGAUUCAUUCACGUAAGAAACCGAACCCACCCACAUCCACGACUACAGAGGUAUCCGUGAUUUCCAACCUGACAAACUCUGGGAACUCUUCAGUCUCGCUGCUGUCCAGGCUGACUGCUAAAAGACCUGUAGUAGAUCAAUCAAAAAGCAUGAGUGCUUUACUCCCCGAUAUUACUAGUUAUGGUGAAGAGUCACAGUCAUCGUCUCAUGUUUCGCUGUCAGUAGCAGUAACUUUCAAGCUCAGUAAGAAGUUGUGGAAGAUGAUGACUUCCACAGGAAGUUUCAGUGGGGUAGUGACAGGAAGAUUGUUAGGACUGCCAGGUAAAGCUGCAGACCAGGAGCUUAAUGUGACCAUCAGCCUACCAACUCAUGCAAAACACAAGUGUAGAAAACAAGAAUGCAAGAUUUCAAUAUGUCUAACUUUCCAUGGUUCUUCUUUGCUCAUUCCUCAGACGAGACAUCCACCCAGUUGUCGACCCACACCUUUUGCUGUUUCAAUUCCAUUGUUAUUACUACGUUCAGAGGAUAUGGAACUCAGAUUAGACUCCUGUUCUGACUGUGUGAUGAAAUAUCCAGUAGCUCAAGAAAAUCUUGUUAGAACAUACUAA